CCUGCCGGCGGCGGGGCAGGUGCGCAGCGCCGGGCGGGCGGGGCGGGGCGGGCGCUGUCCCCCGGCCCGUGCUGAAAGGGCGGCGCCGCUCGGGCACCUGCGGCCGCCCCGGCGGGAGCUCCGCGCCCGCGCCGCCAUGGCCGCGCUCCUCGGCCCCGUGUUGUUCAUUUACUUCACAUGUAUAUCUACUGUCCAGACUACUGACUGUCUGCACUUGAGGGAGCAAUGUAUUAACGCUGGAAAUGGAUGUGAGAGUGUCUGGAAUAUGGUUGAAGAUGCCUGCAAUAUUUCAGUUCUAGGUAAUAGAUGCAAGGCAGAAGACACUGUUGGAUGUAAUAGGAUAAUCCAGGUCCUGGCUGAUGAAUACCCGGAAUUUAAAAACUGUGUCUGCUCUACAGACGAUAUCUGUAACAUCACAAUUUUGCUUGGGAAACGGUGUGGCAUUAAUAAAUACUAUUUGGAGUCUUUCCUGAGGGCAGACGCCGAGCUGACCCCCGCUGGGCACCCCGAGGAGCCGGGCAGCGAGUGCGGCGCUGCUCGGCGGCGCUGCCGGCAGGAGCGGCGCUGCUCGGCCGUGCUCCGCAGCUUCCAGCGGGCGUGCAGGGCAGCCGCGCACACCUGCGCCUUCCCCGGGCCCGGAAAGUGCUGGAUGGCCUGGAGAGAACUGAGGAAAACAGCUCUGGGAAAGUGCACCUGCCCAGAGCCACUUCAGACCAGAUGCAUUAAAAUCUGGAAGGGAAUAUUUAACAACCCUUGUGUGCAAUACUCGCAGGAGAGCCACGCCUCGGGAGCCAGUGCAAAUGAUGGCAGUGGUGAUGCUGAUGUUGAUGGCGAGAAAAAUCUGGUCACCGACACAGAAAAUAUUAGUAUGGAAACAAAAUUACAAUGGGGUUUAUCUGCUCUCUCCAAACAAGCAUACACAGCAAACAGAAGCUGUUUGGAUGUGAACAGGGAGUGCAUUGAAGAUGAAGUGUGUAACAAACAGCUGUCCCUGUACCUUAAAGUCUGCUCAGUAAAUAAGAAGUGCAAUGCGGAAGGAUGUCAAGCAGCCAUAAGGUUCUUCUAUCAAAAUAUGCCUUUUGAAGUUGCCCAAAUGAUGAUAUUUUGUGACUGUAUCCAGCGUGAUGAAUCCUGCCACAGAGCCAAAGAACUUAUCCAUGGCAAGCCCUGUGCAGUUGCUGCAGUUCCACCCCCAUCAUGUCUGGAUGUGAUCCACAUGUGUGAAGAGAACGAAUCGUGCAGGAAAAAAUACACAACUUUUCAGUCAAAGUGUUGGAGACACGUGACAAAAAAAUGCUAUAAUGAUGAAGCUUGUCUUGAAACUUUAAUCAAGGAUGACAUGCCCUGUUCUGCCAACGCUGAUUGCAAAGCAGCCUACAUCAGCAACUGGGGCACGAUGCUGCACAUGGAGUGCACCUGCCAAAAUUUGCCUCCAGUGGAGCAGCCUUUGUGUGAGCUGUUCCAUCACAUGCUGCACAGCAAAUCCUGCUUCAGUGACUUACGUCAGAUUUCUAUUCAGAAGGGUUUUCUCUGGGUAAAUACAGAAAUGCCAGGGGAAAAGGUAUCCAGAGCACAGUUCCAUUCCUCUACAAUUAAUGGUGAAAUUGUCUACAUUAUUGCUUACUCCUCCUGUAUAGCUCUCAUCUUAGGAAUAGUCCUGUUGACUCUCCUAAAGAUCAGGCAAGACCCGAAGUACCUAAUUGGCCCCUUGCACUGUACUGGGAGUCAUGGUCCCUAAGCACCAUUCUGGAUCCCACCCUGUGGCUAUGAGCUCUGGAUUGCUCUCUAUAGCUGAGUGGUUUUGCUAGAUUUAAG